UGUUCUGUUUGGACUGUUCCAGUCAUACGGCUUGCAAUAGGAAGUUUUGACUUGCAGAUUAUUUAAUGAAGACCUCGGGGACGUCGUAACUAAAGCAAGAUGCCCGUCUCCCGCACAGGCUGAGCGGAUGGUCGCGGAUGAUGUGGGUGUGACGCUGGAUGCAGUCCAUGCCCGGAAGCAGUAGAACCUACUGGCCUUAUUUUUAAUGGGGCAGGUGUGGCUUGCUAAAGAUUUAUGACUCAGCCAUCCUGAAAUGCAUGUUCUUGAUGCGACCACGUUGACAAACACAAGCCACUCUCCAGAAUGGACAGGUUCGACUUGGUCUUGACACAGUGCGAGUGCCCACCAUGCUCGGCUGAGAACGCAGCCGCCACUGAUGGAGAUGUGGGUGAAAGUGACGAGAAUGUGGAGAGAGGCAACUGGUCCUCGAAGACCGACUACCUGCUCUCAAUGAUCGGCUGUGCUGUGGGUCUGGGCAACGUCUGGAGAUUCCCUUACCUGGCGUACAGGAACGGAGGAGGUGCGUUUCGUAUUCCUUAUGGAGUCAUGUUGGCACUGCCGGGAAUGCCCAUAUUUUUCUUAGAUUCUUCCUUUGGGCAGUUUGCCAGUCGGGGACCUGUUGCAGUGUGGAAAGCCGUGCCAAUUCUACAAGGUGUGGGGAUCACCAUAGUCCUUUUUGGGGCAAUUGGUGAAAUUUACUACAACUGCAUCAUCGCCUACAGCCUGUUCUACCUGUUUGCUUCCUUCCAAUCCCCGCUGCCGUGUUUUGGAAUGGUUUCACUGUGGGAUUGA